ACGUUUAACUCCAAAGAUGCAGGAGUUAAAAGAGCAAGAACUGAUUCAAAAGGAGAGGAAGUUUAAAUCUGUAUAUGAGAAAUGGAAGUCUCAAGCCAGAGAUGUUCGUUCAAAGUUAAAACGUGAGUGCUCUGAAAAAGACUUGUGUGACAUGAUGGAUGAGGUUGAGAGGCAAGAGUUUGAAUUGAAAGAGUUAUAUGAUAACAUGCGACUCCAAGCACCACCAAGCCAAGAAACUAGGAGAAAAAUUGAUGCAUGUUCGGCUGUAACGGCAGACUUGAUGAAAUUAAUGAGGGUACGCAUGGUGGAAGAUGGCAUAGAAUUUGAUGCUGAAGCUGAGAGAGCAAGGUUACGUAUGCUACUGGACUGUGAGUACGCUAGGUCUAUAUAUGGAUCCACGGUGGGUAGAGCUACGGUCGUUAGCAAUCAUUCUAAACCUGCAUCGGAGUCUGAAAGCAUUUCAGCUAAGAGAGCAGAGACUGCUGCGCUGUUGGCCGCGAAAAAGGCUGAAGUGGAAAUGGAGGCUGACAUCGAAGCACAAAGGCAGCAACUGAAGAAGCUGGAAGAUCGUAGAGACAUUGAGGUUAUGGAGGCAAGGCUCAGAGUGUAUACUGAGGAGGAGUCAAGGAUAAAAAGUCAACGGUGUGAUUCAGUAUGUGACGUGAGUAACCACAGCCCCCUGGUUCCUAACACAUGUUUGAAUCAGCAAGUUACAAGAAGUGAAGUAUCCUUAGUACAGGCCUUACAAGGGUCUAUGGCUCUAUCUCGACUCUGGGUGACAAGCAGGUGGAACCGUUAUGUCACAGAACAGCUGGAUAAAGACCAAGAUUAUCCAAGCUUUAAUCAGUUUGCCUCAUUUGUAUCAAAAGAAGCACGCAUAGCGUGCAAUCCUGUGUCAUCAUUGUAUGCACUAAAGACUGUUGAAGAGAAGCCAUCUAAGGAAAUAAAGCGUUCAAGAGUAAACACGUUUGCAACCACUGCGAAGGCUUUAGAUGCAGCAUAUGCUACGGCUGAAUUCAGUGACCUUACCGACCGUGAGACUGAAGAGACUUGUAGGAAGAAAACUACCUUUGUGAGUGGCCUAAAUUCAGUUGAAUGUAUGUUCUGUGAUGAUCGUCAUUCUAUUCAGGAAUGUCCAAAACUAAUGGAAAGGGUAGUAGAGGAAAAGAGGAAGUUUGUCAUGGAGAAUAAGUUGUGCUUUGCAUGUUUAAGAAGAGGGCAUGGCUCCAAAGACUGCAGAAAUAGAGCUGUGUGUGGGUUAUGCAAGAAGCGCCACCCCACUUCAUUACAUGAAGAUCGUCAGCCAGAAAACAAGUCGUCUCCACGGAUAGCUUUGCAGACGGAAGAGAAUGCAUUCUCUCUAACAUGCUGUACGAAGGGUGGAGAAGGUGAUAUAACAUCUAUGAUUGUCCCAGUAUGGCUGUCUUUAUCUAACUCAGAGUCUGAAGUCUGUGUAUAUGCUUUACUAGACACCCAGAGUAGUCACACAUUUGUGGAUCAGGAAGUGUGUGAAAGCUUGCAGGCAUUAAUGGAACCGGUAAAACUAAAGCUUUCCACAAUGAUGGAAAAAGACUCUGUUGUAAUGAGUCACAGUGUAAGUGGACUUCAGGUUAGAGGAUUUUCUUCGGACAUCCCUAUCUGUCUGCCUCCUGUUUACACAAGAGACUUUAUUCCCUUUGUGCCCACACAUAUUCCAACCUGCGAAACAGCUAAACGGUGGAGACACCUAGAGGUGAUCGCUAAUGAAAUGCCCGUACGGAUGGAUUGUGGAGUAGGUCUAUUGAUCGGCUAUGAUUGCUCCAGAGCACUGAUGCCACGACAGGUCAUCACUGGUGGGGAUGAAGAGCCUUAUGCCAUCAAGACGGACCUUGGCUGGAGCAUCAUAGGAGGAACUCCAGGAUGUGUAAACUCCAAGUUUGGGACUGGUUUAUGCCAUCGCAUAUCAGUCAGAGAACUCCCCUCCGUGACACCUGCCACUGUUAUUAGGGCACUUGAGCUGGAUUUUAUAGAUAUUUCAUCCGGUGAAAAGAGUAAAUCACAAGAUGAUAUUCAGUUCCUGCAGGUAGUAAAAGAGGGUGUCUAUCAAAAUGAGUAUGGCCAUCUUGAGAUGCCUCUUCCUUUUAAAAUACGGCCUCAGCUUCCAAAUAAUAGGAGUCUUGCAUUAGGACGGUUGAAGCACCUCAAGAGGAAACUGGACAAGAAUCCUCAAUUCAGACAGGACUAUGUGAAGUUUAUGGAAGAUGUCUUCAGAGAUGGAGAUGCGGAAAUAGCAAAUGAGCAACCAGACCCGGGUAAUGUGUGGUAUAUUCCCCAUCAAGGCGUCUAUCACCAUAGGAAACCAAAUAAGAUCAGGAUAGUCUUUGACUGCGCCGCUAGGUAUGAAGGUACCGCGUUAAAUGACCAUCUAUUGACAGGGCCUGACCUUACCAAUGGAUUGACUGGAGUGCUUUGCCGUUUCCGUAAACACCCUAUCGCUGUCAUGUGUGACAUUGAGAAAAUGUUUCAUAGAUUUCAUGUUAUUAAGGAAGAUCGGGACUAUCUGCGUUUUCUGUGGUGGGCAAAUGGGGAUACCGACGCAGAACCCAGAGAAUAUCGCAUGAAAGUACACCUUUUUGGAGCAUCAUCUUCUCCAGGCUGCGCCAAUUAUGGCCUGAAGUAUCUCGCCAAUAUGAAUGAGAGUGAGUAUCCUUUGGCAGCGGGGUUUAUCAGGAACCAUUUUUAUGUGGACGACGGCCUUGUAAGCCUGGAAUCUGUUGAGGUAGCAAUCAAGCUGGUGAAGGAAGCUCAGGCCGUGUGUGCUAAGGGAAAGCUGCAUCUUCACAAGUUUAUUUCAAACAACCGAGAAGUGUUGGAGUCAAUCAGUCCGUGUGAUCAUGCUGCUGAAGUAAAGAACGUUGACUUUCAUCAUGACUUUCUUCCAGUACAAAAUGUCUUGGGCGUAAGGUGGGAUGUAGAGAAUGAUGUAUUCACAUUCAAGGUUGUUCUUGAAAGGAAACCUGCGACACGACGUGGAAUUCUGUCCAUGGUGGCUUCAGUCUAUGACCCUUUGGGGUUUUUGGCCCCAUUUGUCAUAUCUGGCAAGAAGGUCCUGCAGGAGAUGUGCCAGAAGGGCAUCAGUUGGGAUGAACCGUUACCCUCUGAACUGAGACCAAGGUGGGAGAGUUGGUUGAAUGAUCUGCCCAACCUAGGGAAGGUACAGAUUCCACGAUGUUUCGCCCCUCCAAAUUUUGGGCCGAUUCUGAGCAUUGAAUUGCACCACUUUUCUGAUGCUAGCAGUCAAGGCUAUGGGCAGUGCUCUUAUAUCAGAUUGAUGAGUGAAAGUAAGAUACAUUGUGCUUUAGUUAUGGGUAAAGCAAGAGUUGCUCCCAUCAAAGUUGUCACUAUACCAAGAUUAGAGUUAACUGCAGCAGUCAUCUCUGCUGCUGUUAGUAGUACGUUGAAAGAGGAGUUGGCACUCAGAGUCGAUAGAGAAUAUUUCUGGACAGAUUCUCAAGUGGUCCUUGGCUAUAUCAACAAUGAAGCAAGAAGAUUUCAUGUCUUUGUUGCUAACCGGGUCCAGAGAAUUCGGGAGGCCACCGAUCCAAGACAGUGGUAUUACAUCAAUACAGAAGAGAAUCCUGCUGACCAUGCCUCGAGGGGCCUUACUGUAGAGGAGUUGAUCAGUUCAAACUGGUUGACAGGGCCCAGAUUCCUCUGGGAGAAAGAGAUAUUUGCUAAACAAGGAACGUUGGAGCUGUCGGUGGGAGACCCGGAGGUCAAGGCUGUCCAGGUAUUGAGGACCGAGAUUAUGACUGAGGUGGAUUUUCAACAGCGACUAUCACGACUAUCAAAAUGGACUACAGCUGUGAAUGUCAUUGCUCGCAUCCAAAGAUUAGCAAGGAAGAUGAAGACUCCAACAUCUUUAAAUGUCGAGGAGAGGAGGAGGGCCUCAUUUACUCUUAUUCAGCUUGCACAACAGGAUGCUUUCAAAGAAGAGUUGAAUGUACUCAGUCAGGACUCGGGCAGGCUGCCUUCAAGCCAUCCUCUGUAUCAGCUUGAUCCAUUCAUGCAGGAUGGAAUAAUGAGGGUGGGAGGACGAUUGAGGAGGGCAUGUGCUCCUCUUGAAUUACGAUACCCAGCAAUCCUUCCAAGUAAUGGUCUGAUCACAUACCUUGUAUUGGCACACUAUCAUCAAAAAAUUCAACAUCAAGGCAGGGGACAGACUCUGAAUGAACUGCGAGCCAAUGGCUUUUGGAUCAUGGGUGGCAGUAAGGUGGUAGCGCACUACAUACGACAGUGUGUUCCUUGUAGGAGAGCACGUAGGCCGCCAGAACAACAACGGAUGGCGGACUUGCCCCAUGACCGAACUGACCCCUCCCCGCCAUUUACCUAUUGUGGCAUGGACUGUUUUGGUCCUUUUUACACCAAGCAAGGUCGUAAAACACAUAAACGAUAUGGCCUUCUUUUUACUUGUCUUUGCUCCAGAGCAGUCCACGUAGAGAUGUUGGAGGACAUGACGACUGAUGCAUUCAUCAACGCUUUACGGUGUUUUCUAGCCAUCCGUGGAGCUGUCAGACAUAUUAGAUCAGACCAAGGAACAAACUUCAUGGGGGCAAGGAAUGAGUUGAAGAAAGCUUUAAGAGAAGUGAGUAAAGAGAGAGUGGCAGCAUAUCUGGCAGAGAAGCAGUGCGAUUUCUGCCUGAAUGCACCCAGUUCAAGUCACGCUGGAGGUGUCUGGGAACGGCAGAUUCGAACUGUAAAGGGUGUGAUGAGUUCAGUUUUGGCACUAAGUAGUGGAAGACUUAAUGAUGCCUCUUUACGUACAUUCUUCUAUGAAGCUAUGUCAAUAGUCAACAAUCGGCCAUUGACAGUGGAUGGUCUCAGUGAUCCUACAAGUCCAGAGCCCUUAACCCCCAAUCACCUGCUUACCAUGAAGUCGUCUGUCCCACUUCCUCCUCCGGGUGCAUUUGUUAAGGAAGAUCUUUAUGCAAAGAAACGUUGGAGGCAGGUGCAGUAUUUGAGUGAACAGUUUUGGAGCAGAUGGAGGAAAGAAUAUCUUGCUAAUAUCUCUCUAAGGCAAAGAUGGCAUGCACUAAGGCGGAAUGUGCAAGUGGGGGACAUUGUCAUUGUUAAGGAAGAGGAAACUCCCCGCAACGAAUGGAGGUUGGCUAGGGUCGUUGAAGUUUGCAAGGCUGAUGAUGGACUGGUACGGAAAGCUAAAAUACAGAUUGGUGAUCGGAAGUUGGGGAAAAGGGGUGAACGCCUCACUAAACCCUCUGUUAUUGAACGACCCAUCCAAAAAUUGGUAGUUCUUGUAGCAAAAGGUGAAAAUUAAUAUCUUAUCACUCAUUAGAAGUUGAAUCAUGUUAGUACCAUGCUGUGAUAUGUUGAUUUGUGCUGCCCUAAUGCUGGUUGACAGUAGAAUGUGAAGAAUGGUGAACAAUUUGUUCAUUUUAACAGAAGAUUGUGUAAUUAUGAAAUAUGAACCUUUUUUUUGUGGUGGUUUUUUUUUGUUGUUUUUUGCUUUUUUUGCCGAUUUUCAUGUUUCCUGUUGGAGCUUGGAAAUUACCAUUUGAUUGGUUGUGUUUGUUUCUUAUCACUCAAUGGUAAUUUGGUGGGAGUGUAGCUGACGCUGGAAGGUCAGCUCAGGGGAUGAUAUUUUGGUGAUUUGAGUGGUUAAUGUUUAUUUUGACUUUAUAGUUUAUUUUGUGAUUUCAUAGUUUAAAUGUGUAUUUCUGUAUGGUGAAUUUCUUAAUUUGUUUGCCGUUUGUAUUUUAUUAUUAUUCUAUCGUUGAAGUUGAGGUCAUGUGAUCCUGUGUGUGCUGAUUAAUUCAGCUGGACGUGUUAGCGUCAAUGUAAUGAUGUGAUGUGAAACUAAGACCGCAGGAUAGUGCUCCUGACUUAAAUCUACUGUUGGUUACCAGGCGAAUACGGUAAAUGUUUUAAUACUUUGUAUAUUAUGUUGGUUUGUGUUUGUAGUGGUGUUGUGUGUAAAAUUAUGGUUUGGUUUUCCUUUGUGUCUAGUUUUCACGGUGUCUCUGGAAUAAAUAAACAAAAAUGGACAUCAGUA